UUUUAACCACGACAACAGCCGCGUCUUCGUCUUUGUCACCGUCUGUCGUCUCCUUGCCGUUGUCGAUUCCAACUCCCGCCGCCGGAUAACCUCACUCGUCUCCCAACCCAAGCCAAGCCAAGCCAUCACCACCAAAACAAACAAACAAACACAACAACAGUCACAAUGGCCGUCGAACGUCUCGGUUCCAUCCUCAAGCACCUGACCCCAGGUACCGCUCUGAGCAACAUCACAGCCAAGAACCCCGACGACAUUGUCAUCACCCUCGCCAUCCGCACCCCUCUCACCAAGGCCAAGAAGGGCGGCUUCAAGGACACCUCGCUCGAGUAUCUCGCCUAUGCCACCCUUAAGGAGGUCAAAGAGCGCUGCAAUAUGGAUCCCGCGCUUGUCGAGGAUAUUGCCAUGGGUAAUGUCUCCGAUGGCAAGGCCGCCUACAAGCUUCGUGCCGCCGCCCUUGCUGCCGGCUUCCCCAACACCGCUGGUGCCUACUCGCUCAACCGCUUCUGCUCCUCGGGCCUCAAGGCUGUCGCCGACAUUGCCCACGCCAUCUCGUGCGGCUCCAUCGAGGUCGGUAUCGCCAUGGGCGCCGAGUCCAUGAGCGUUGGCGGCGACGCCCUCGAGCAGCCCUUCGACGUGGCCGUCACCUCCCAGUCCCAAGAGUCGGCCGACUGCAUGCAGCCCAUGGGCUGGACCUCGGAGAACGUUAGCCGUGACUUCGGCAUCACCCGCGAGGAAAUGGACAAGUACGCCGCCGAGUCCUUCCAGCGUGCCGAGCGCGCCCAAAAGGCCGGCCUCUUCGACGACGAGAUCGUCCCCAUCAAGACCCGCGUCAAGGACGCCAAUGGCGAGUGGAAGGACGUCACCCUCACCAAGGAUGAAGGUAUCCGCCCCGGCACUACUGCCGAGAGUCUCUCCAAGAUCCGCGUUGCCUUCCCCCAGUGGGGUCCCACCACCACGGGCGGUAACGCCUCCCAGGUUACCGAUGGCGCCGCUGCUAUCUUGCUCAUGAAGCGCUCUACCGCCGUCAAGCUCGGUCAGCCCAUUCUCGGCAAGUACGUCGGCUCCACCGUUGCUGGUCUGGCUCCUCGCAUCAUGGGUAUCGGCCCCUCCAUCGCCAUCCCCAAGCUUCUCAACCAGUACGGCCUCACCCUCAACGAUAUCGAUGUCGUCGAGGUCAACGAGGCUUUCGCUUCCAUGGCUGUCUACUGCCGUGACAAGCUCCAGCUCGACUGGAACAAGAUGAACCCCCGCGGUGGUGCCAUUGCCCUCGGCCAUCCCCUCGGUGCCACCGGUGCUAGACAGAUUGUCACUGGUUUGGCCGAGUGCAGGAAAUCGGGCAAGAAGAUUCUGUUGACAAGCAUGUGCAUUGGUACUGGUAUGGGCAUGGCUGGUCUUUUCGUCAACGAACAGUAAACAAACCCAGGGUCUGGACUCUGGAUGGGAGUUGGAUAGUUGAAAGCGAUACCACACACUUUUUCUGUAUACAUUGGCGGCGCUUGAUCUUGUACAAACAUAAUAAUGACGACAUGAACCACCC